GAGUGCUGUCUUGCUAUUCCCUACUGUUAUAUCAGAGUGAGCUUGUGAUAAAAACACUUAAAACUAACAGAUAGAAAUAUUUCAAAGGAAAUAUAAGUAAGUACGCUUGACUGGAUGCAAGAAGUUGAUGAAGUUCUGAAGAUCCAAACUUUUGAUUGUAUUUUUUGAGCUGAUCUGUUUAUUUUACUACACCUAAGAACUUUUCCUUUCCAAGAGGUAAAGCUAUUUGCAAGUACUUUUGAGAUUUUUUUUUACCCUCAAACUGCAACCAACACUGAUGGACACUCUCUAGAAGUGAAUCUGCAGUAAAAUGGAAGCAUCAUUUUUGCUCGAUAUGGACAUCAAUCAGACACAUGUGGAGGAGCAUUUUUACUAUGAGGACAGUAUAGAUGGUUUUGGCAUCACAAUGGCCAUUCUCUACCUAGUUGUCUGUGUUGUGGGGCUGGCUGGAAAUUCUCUUGUCAUCAUCACUAUUUUGAAAUUGGAUAAAAUGUCAUCUUCCACAACGGUCUACAUUUUUAAUCUGGCUCUGGCUGAUGGACUAUUCAUGGUUGGUCUCCCCUUUAUAGCAAGCCAGAACUUUCAGAACCAAUGGGUGUUUGGCGACACUGCAUGCAAAGUGGUCAUGGUCCUAGAUGGCAUUAACCAAUUCACCAGUGUCUACUGCCUGACGGUGAUGAGCAUCGAUCGCUGCAUGGCACUGGGAGAGCCACUCCGCUUCGCUCACUGGAGAACGCCACGCCGUGCCAAGAUUGUUUCUGCCAUCUUGUGGCUCAUUUCCCUUCUAACUAUUCUCCCCAUGGCGCUUCACUUCUCAGCAAAUCACGGCAUGUGUGGUCCAGACUUGGUUUCAGAGGCCUGGUGGCUUGGAGUUCUUUCUUACACCUUCAUCAUGGGCUUCGCCUUACCAUUUAUUAUCAUAACUGUCUCCURCAGUGCAAUGCUCAUCACACUUCAUUCCCAGCGGCUCAGAUCCUUGGUGCCAAACCAUGAGGGUCACAGUGUGGAACAACAAGUCACCAAAAUGGUUGUAGCAGUAGWGGUUGUGUUUGCAAUGUGCUGGCUGCCUUUUUACAUCAUGAACUUUUGUUCUCUGUAUCAACAUAGCCUAGCCUUCCCUGUUUUUGCCAGGGCUUUUGAAUUUGUGGUCUUGCUKUCGUACUCCUGGAGCUGCGCUAACCCUAUCCUCUACGCCUGCCUCUCGGACACCUUCAGGAAACAUUUUUGUACACUGCUUUGCCCCGUCGCCAAGGCGUCUACAAUCAUGCAGUGCAAUACUGAGCGGUAUGACCUAAAUGAAACAAGUGUAAGGGAUGUCACUGUUCUAGCAUAAGUCCUGACAUGUAAUUUUAUUUCAUAUCCUAUUAUGCACUGCAUGAUCAUUUUUAACAUUGUAAAGUACAUUUACUCAUUUGAUGCAUCUUGACUUAAUGAAUCAAUAAUCGGGAUGUUUUUGUUGUCUACUCUACUUGGAAUGUAUUCAGUAAACAUGGUUUGUCUCAAGAACAAGUUUUGUUAGUUUAAUCAAUCCAAUAUAGUGCCUUUAGUUUGACUAUGUAAGCCAUAAAUUCAUUAYAUCACUGUGUUUAAGUGUUUGCAGAGAUGGACUUUUCUGCACAUCUUGGAUGAUAGCACAUUUUAGAAUGUCUGUCCAGACUGUGAAUAUUUCUGUGAAACUGAAGAGUUUUUAUGUACAUCUAGAGAGAAGAAAUUUGUUUUAUUUCAUGUGAAACAGAUUUAUUUUGAUGAUUUGUAUAGUAUAUCAUAUGUAUUGUAUAAAACUCCCUCCUUUGUGUCAGUCUCAUUUGACUUUUAAGUGUUGAUUUUUUUUGCUCUUCUACAUCUGGUGUUAUGUGGCUUUUCAGCAGGGUUGAGAAAAAUGUAACACAAGUGCAGACAGGUGGAAUGUAAACAGAAUAAAAGUGGUCAUUCAGACACACAUAAACACAUAUGUGCCUGGAAAAUAACAUCACUGCAACUCCCACAGCUGGAUCAUAUUCCAGUUGUUAAGAGCUUACAGUAGGAGGGCAGGAGAUGAGUGUGUUUUUGUGACCAAGUGUGUGCUUUUGUAAUUUAGGCACAGGGAGUUUURUGAUGAAACCCAUGGGUCGUCGCUUUGUUAUGGUGUUCUGUGUGAUUAAAUGGAAUUUUAAUUAUG